CGAAAUGAGAAGCGGGAAUUUUGCCUUUUGAGGUCGUUUCAAGGUUAUAUGUUGUUAUGGCUGAAGGAAAGCUAAAAAUCGGUUCUCGCGUUGAGGUGACAGGAAAGGAUGUUGUUGGUACCAUAGCAUAUAUUGGAACAACACAAUUUUCUCCUGGGAAAUGGGUAGGAGUGAUACUAGAGGAAGCGAAAGGGAAAAACAAUGGUACGGUCCAAGGGAAACGCUACUUUACUUGUGAAGAGAAUCAUGGGAUCUUUGUGCGCCCAUCUCAGCUUACUCUUCUGGAUGACCAAGAUGGAUCAAGCACAAUGGAUUUAUCCAUUUCAAGCGUUCUUUCAGAAUCAGGCACAACUUCAGAAUCUAGUACAUCUAGGUUGUCAUUAGGUGAAACUCCUAAACGUACGGGUUCUUCAACUUCUUUAUCCAGCAGUUUAAAACCUGAAAUGGCAAAAGGUCCACCUGAAAUCAGAAAAGCGUCACAAAUCUCAUCAACUGGAUCCAAUCCAGAUCUGGUACAAAGUAACGUAGCACCAAUUUCGAAAAGUGAAAGUCCUCUCAACAAAUCCACUGAAAGUAAACCUGUUAAAGAAUCCAUUCAACCUAGUGGUGAUACAUUGACGAAAACCAUUUCAUCAACUAUAAAAGCAAGUGAUCCAAAACUACCGACUACUACUGAUGGUAGCAAAAUACCUGAAGUUUCAACCAUUGCAGGAGCUAGUGAUAUUAAAAUCAUUUCACAAAAACUAGAGCUUGAAAAUAUAUCUAUUAAACAUAAAGACAGUUCUCAUAAAAUACCAAGAUCGUCUGUUGUUAGUCCAUCUGCUCUUGUAUCAAGCGACGGUGGUGGUACUCACUCACCAGACACAGAAUUGGAGCUAACUAAUCUACGCUCCGAAAUAACAACACUACAUGAUCAAAUUGAGGCCUUAAAAAUGAAACGAGAAGAAGAUAAAACCAGAAUACAAGAAUUAGAACGUAUCAAGAUUCAAUUUACUCAACUCGAGGAAAAUCGACGUUUAAUGAGAGAACAAGCAGCUGAAUUACAACGUGAAAUUGCACAACUAAAAACAGAAAAAGCUGAAAUUAAAGAAGCAUUUGAUCGUUACCGUGAUGAAGUAGCUGAACUGGUUGAAAGUGUGGAAAUGGCUACAUUAGAUAAAGAAAUGGCAGAAGAAAAAUUAGAAUCAUUAACUACAGAAAUUGAAUUAUUAAAAGAACAAAUAGAAGAAUUGACACUUGAAAAUCACAUUUUAAAAGAAGAAUCUGAAGAGAAAGGAGGAGCAAGCACGUUACCUGGUGCAGAUGGUGGACCAACUCCAUUACAAUUGAAAAAUCUUGAACAACAAAAUGAACGAUUGAAACAAGCACUUGUUAAACUAAGAGAUUUAACUAAUCAAGAUAAACAAGAAAUAACUACUUUAACUAAACAAAUUACAUCUUUGGAAUCUCAAAUUAAUCAACUUCAAACAGAGAAAGAACGUCUAACUAACGAUUUAAAAGAAAGUAUUGAACAAACUAUCGAAUUGAAAGAACAAGUAGACGCUUCACUUGGUGCUGAUAUAAUGGUUAGUCAAUUGACACAACGUAAUUUAGAAUUGGAAGAAAUGCUUGAAAAAGUUAAAGAGGAAAGAAAUGAUUUGGAAAUACUAUGUGAAAUGAAUGAUGAAUUACAAGAGAAUAGUCGUGAAACUGAGCUUGAACUUCGUGAAGAAAUUGAACGAGCGAAUACAAAAAUAAAUCAACUUGUACGUCAUUUAGAUGCUACACGUGAAACCAUUGCAGAUUAUGAACAAACAUUAGGUAAAUUUAGAGAUUUAGUCGCCGAUUUACAAACUCAAAAUUCUGAUCUUCAACGAUCAUUAGCUGAUGGAAAACGUUUACAAGAACAACAACAACAACUACAUACAACAGUUGCAACAGAAUUUGCUAGUUCUGCAGUUCCAUUUAUGGGAACCAAGUUUGGUGCCACUUCUCAGGCGCAAACUCUUGCUAAAGUGAUUGAAGUUGAAUUGAGACGUCUUGAAGCAGAACAAAGUGCAAAUCAUGUAACUCGUUUAUCUGCUUUUCUUCCGGAUUCAUUUUUACGACGUGGUGGUGAUAAUGAAGCAUUAUUAGCUCUUCUCUUAAUCGAUCGUCUAGCUGGAAAGUGUGACCUAUUAGCUAAUCAUCUUGCUGAACGUUAUCCUUUACCUCCGUGUGUACCUGGUCAAACAUCAUUGCAACUUCCUCAAACAGAUAGCAAUGCUGUAGAUAGUCAAACGACUACUGUUAGUGGAAUUUGUAUUCCGGGCACUGAUAAUCCAUUACCACCGUUAACUAAAAGUAAAGCCGAAUUUUACAGUUUCGUAACAAGAUUAAUUCAUUUGCUUCGAUCAUUGGGCUCUUUAUUAAAUCAGUACAAGCAAAUCUUUACAAGUUGCAGUGUUGAUCUGUAUUUAAAAUUUGGUUCUUUAUACAAUGAAAUGUGUGUUCAUGAACAUUGUAUUGAUCGAUUAAUAGAACAAACUAAAAAUGAUCAAUUAGAUGAGACAAUAUCAUUAGAAUCAUUAAUAACAUCAUUUAAUUAUUUCAUUCAAUUAUAUAAUGUUCAUUUAAAAAAUGAACCAUUAUUUAAUUGUAAUAUUAAAUUGAUGGAUUUUACACGAACAAUUUUAUCUGCAGUUGAUGCUUUAUCAGUUGAUUCUAUGGCUUUAAUGAUAUUAACAGGAAAAGAUGUUGAUUGUUUAUUAAAAAUAGCUAAAAUUGCUACUUCAAAUGUUUCUGGUCCAUUAAGUAUGGGUAGUAUGGAUGAAAUUGGUUCAUUAUUAUUGUUAAAAUCUUCAAAUAGUAACGAUAGUAAUGAAGGAUUAAUUAUUCUUCUUAAUGAAUUAGUACAUUUUGCUACAACUGUACGUGUAAUUAUACGUCGAAUAAAACGAAGAAUUCCAAAUAAACCUAUUGGUCAACAACCAUUAUCAUUUAAUCAAGAUAUUGCACAGAAAUUAGAUACAGUUAUUCAAUUAUUUGAUUCAAUUGUUGGAACUAUGUACACAACAACUCGUUUGGCAGGUCAAUUAACAGUUCGUCAAGUGGAAGAUUCAUCCAAUCUUGAACCAAAUGUUGUAUUUACUCAAUGUUUAACAGAAGCUUGUAAAGAAUACUUAACAUCAAAUGAUCUUCGAAAUAGUAGUACUUCACGUUCUAGUGUUAUUUCACCAGAAAUAUUAGUUCGUACUAAUCUAAGUCAAAUUGCUCGUAUUAUCAGUCAAAUAGCAAUAGCAAUGGAAAAUGGUGAAUAUGAUUUUGAUGGAACUAAACAACCAUUGCCUCAAGAGCCAGUUGUUGCACGUGCCAUCGCCUAUAAACGUGCACAAACUGAAUUAGAAGGAUGUCGUGCUAAAUUAGAAAGUCGAGGUGAAGAAUUACGUGAAUUACAAAAAGCAUUAAAAGCACGUGGUGAUGAGCUUAGUGAAAUGUCUGUUCGUGUUAGUUUAGCUGAGAAAAAGUUAGAAACUGCAGGAAAAUCUAAUGAAGAGAAAAUUUCCCGAUUAGAACAACGUUUAGAACAAUCAGAAGCUCAGCAGAAACGUAAUGAAAAAGAAUAUGAACAAACCUUAGAUGCACUUCAAGCAGAUAUUGAAUCUUUGGAACAAGAAAAAGCAGAUCUUAAAGAAAAAUUAAAAACACUCAGUAAAAAAGCUUUAUUUGAAGGAAUUAUUAAAUCUCCAUUGCUUCCAAGCACAACGCAAUCUAAAACUCAGCCUUCAACAACCACUACUUCAGCUCCUGCACCCGAUAGGCAAACUUCAGUCGAGUGUGCAUCACCUUCACCUGGUCCAGCUCGUUUGGCUGCUUACCGAGAUGCUUCAUUGAUGGCAAUGGAGAUCGAAGCUCUCCGUGAAGCUAUUCGACGUUUAUCUUCUGAAGUGUCCAAACUUCGUGGUGAGAAGAUGCUUGAACAACUUAAGAGCUUGGGUUCUUUACAAAAACCUUCACGUCGUCAAGAGCCUGUUAUUGUAGAUGAUGACACUUCUGAUAAGGAGAAUAAAUCAUCCUCACCUAUUCAAGAACACAAAUCUGUCCUACCACAAAUUGUCCAUGAUGCAAAUGUACUACGAAAAGAAAUUUUCUCUGUACUUGCAAAUCCUCAAGUUGUUCGUUUGCCUAAAUUAUUGUCAAAACAAGUUUCAGAGAUGCCUAAUUCAGGUUCUGGAGAUGAUGGAUCAACUUCUAUUAUACAACCGGUUACAGUUGUUCAACCCAGUGCUACAAUUCAGUUUAAUAGACAAACAGUGAAAUUAGUCAAAUUGAAAAAUGAAUUAGAAAAGUUACAACAACGUGCAUUUGAUGCAAUUAAAACUGAAAUACCAAAUACAUUAAUUCAAGCAGAUUUUACAUCAUUUCCAUCAGUGAAAAUGAAAAAAUUAUUAAAUUUAACAAAUAUUAAUGAUACUACAUCAUUACAUUAUCGUUUAUUAUUUCCUAAUGAUAAUAAUACUACUACAACUACUAUUAAUGAUAAUUAUGAAACUAUGAAUACAGUAAAAAUAUCUAUGACAAAAAAAGAUCUACAAUAUUUACAUUCAUAUUUGUUAAAAGUUUAAAAAUAAUGAAUUAAUGAGUAGUAUCAUUUGUUUAUUGAAUGUUAGUGUUUUUCUUUUUUUUUGGGGGGGGGGAAUGAGGAGGAGGAGAAUUCUAGACUUAUUUGAAUGUGUUUCUUUUAUCUCAUGGUGAGACAAGUAAUGUGUAGUGAAGAUAUAUAUAUAUAUUCUUUUGAUUAUAUCCAAGGAGAGAAGUAUUCAUCAUCCUGAUAUUUCAUUGUUCUUUGUUUCUUCUUCUUCACUGUUUUCAAAGUUAUUUUUAUUAAGAUAUUUUACUUAUCUGUAAUGUUUAUUUUUUCAGUUUUAUGGUUUAAUUUAUUACUGAUCAUGAUAUAAAACAAUAAAUAAAUUGAAGUGAUGAAAUAACUUGUUGAUUUAAUUAUCAAAUAAAUUGGUUGUAUUAUGUUUUGAUAUAUUAAUUUUAAUAGUUGAAUUCAUGAACCGAUCUAAGCUAGAUCACCAUUGAAAACCUGAAAGUAUUCAACCGCCGUUUCAUUCUAGUAUUGGACUUUUCAACAGUGUGUUUAGUGGUCUUGAGGUUAAGCGUUCAGCCACAAGACCAAACGUCCUGAGUUCGAAUGUCACAUGAGGGAUUGUAGAUGUGCACUGUUGAGGAGUUCUAUACUAGGAAGAAAAAGCCUUCCAGUGCUUCAGGGUUUUUAGUGGUGACCUAGCAUAGAUCGUAACAUGAAU